AUGCCAAACUCUCUCCAAAUAGCUCUACGGAACAAUAGCAGUUCUGACCAGCUGUAUGCAUACAUCACUGGAAUCGCCAUACAGCAUGGCGGCCAACGCUGUAUGCUCAGGGCGGACGGCCAAAGCCUCUACUUCCCCCAGAACCCGCCCGGCAUUGGCUCACCUCUGACCGAAGACUGUGCCAUUCCCCUCGGGCCGCCUGGCAACACCGUCAUGACCAAGAUUCCACAGAUUGCCGGCGGCCGGAUAUGGUUCGCUCGCGACGGCAAGCUCACAUUCCUGCUCAACCCUGGUCCGGCCCUCGUCGAGCCGAGCGUGCUGAAUCCCAGCGAUCCCAACGCAGGCGUCGACUUCGGCUUUUGCGAGUUUACCCUCAACGACGCGCAGCUCUACGCCAACAUCAGCUACGUCGACUUCGUGGCUAGCCUGCCUAUCGCCAUCACUCUGAAGACGGCCAAUGGUCCAGAGCAGCACGUUGCCGGCAUGGCGCCCGACGGUCUGGACCGUUUUGCAGCGAGGCUUUGCGAGCAGGCGCGCAGUGAUGGCCGACCUUGGGACAAGCUUGUGGUCGAGCGCGACGGCAAGCCCCUGCGCGUCCUUAAUGCAACGCAUGGUAAUGCGGUGGGCGCCAGUUUCGACGGGUACUACGAACCCUACGUCGACGAGGUGUGGGACCACUACUGCAAGAACCAGAAGGUGAUCAAGAUCAACACGCAGGCCGAGCCUGGCGUCCUCGACGGCAAGUUCACAGACAAGGGUGAAGUGCUGGUCGGCGAUGAGAAGUUCGGCAAGCCUACCACCGCCGACAUCCUCGGUUGCAAUAGUGGUCCCUUCACCACGGGCCCUUCGGCAACGCGCAAUGCCAUUAUCCCGCGUUUGGCCGCAGCUUUCGUCCGCACAGCUCUGCUCGAGGCGGAUGACCAUCCCUCGCACCCGCCGACUUUCUACCGGCGGGAUCCUACGAACCACUAUGCGCGUCUUGUACACGAGCACAACAUUGAUGGAAAGGGCUACGCUUUUGCUUACGAUGACGUGCAGCCGGACGACGGCGACGAUCAGUCCGGCAAGGUCAACGCUGGUGAUCCGGUCCUCUUCACUGUGACAGUGGGUGGUUCUCAAAGCUAA